AUGUACGCUUCAUUCUCAAAGCGUCGCCUAAGCCUUUACAAAAAGGCAAGCGAGCUCAGCACCCUAUGUGGGGCUAAUAUGGGAAUAAUAAUCUUCUCCCCAACAGGACUUCCAUAUUCGUUUUUCAGCCCGAAUAUGGAUAUCCUAUUGAGGAGAUAUAGAAAUGCUAACCAACCCCUUGAUCGCAUAACUCAGUACAUCGAGAAUUAUCUCGGGAACCAGAUCCAACAACAAAAUCAACAGUUGGAUGAGGUUUUAGAGAUGAAAGAAGAAAUAAAAGCAAGGGAUAAAGAACUCGAUGAAAUCGAUCCAACUCGCGUAAAAGGUUGGUGGGAACAGGUACCUAUCGAGAGCCUCGGCCCAAGAGAGAUCAUAGAGUGGACCGCCUGGUUCGAGACAAUUCAAGCCCAAGCCCACCGGAGGGAGGAGGAGAUGAGGAAUGCCGCCAGCACUAGCGGCGGCGCCGCUGCUGCCGUCCAAGAACCGCCACAAACCAUUUCAACUCCUCCGACAAACCGUGUCGUUCCAACAACCUAUGAUGAUCCGAUGGCAGGGCCAUCGUCAUCUUCGAGCCACUAUAAUAUCUUUCCACAACCUACAUCCUCAACUCAGCCUCAUCAAGAAUUAUUCCUGGGAAAUCAAAACAUGGGCAAUGAUUCUAGCCCGUUUUAUCAUUUCUCAGGAUCUUUUAUUGAUGAGAAUUUAUUUAGAGAGGAUGAUGAUAUUGCCGCGCUGUUAGGGGGAUCGCAUUGGAGCUUCUUUCCAGUGGAUCAAAACCCAAAUGAUGGCUCCGGCAAUGGUGGUGGUGGCAAUAGUGACAACAAUGGUGGCGGCGGCGAGGGUUCUAACUUAUGA